AUGGGUGAUGUGAUGACCAAGGAGUGGUAUUUUGACUCGGGGGCCACCACUCACAUGGCGAGGUCGGACCAAAAGUUUACGGAUGAGGUACCGAUGAACCACGAAGUUGGAACAGCGAACAGCAGCAACAUGAUGGCCGUUGCGAAGGGUUCUGUUGCCCUGGACACACGUGAAGGCGAGAUCAACGUUGGCGAGGUGUUGAAGAUCCCGGACCUUGCAACGAACUUGUUGUCGGUAAGUGCCAUUUGUAAGCGCGGCAACAAGGUGGUCUUUACGGCGGACCGAUGUGAAGUUUGGUCGUUGGGACGGUGA